GAGUACUAUUGUAUGACUUAGCUACGUAUGCUCUCCUGCGCUGCUUUCCCAGUGCCAGUUUAGCUAGGUGCCUUUGUGUCAGCUUCGCACUGCGAACAGUUAGGAGGGUCCUCUCUCUUUGUCUCUCUGAAAAUGGCUCAGUCAAUUCUCGACACCAUGCCCGGAGCCGCGACAGGAACCGUGCUGCUCACAGACCCUCUGAAUUUCUGGGGAGGGAAGCGAGUGAAGCCCAGGCAGGAGAAAAACGCAGAGCCCGUGUUUGAACCUGCGACUGGCCGUGUCUUGUGUCAGAUGGUACCCUGUGGCGCUGAGGAGGUGGAGGAGGCCGUAGAGAGCGCCCACGCUGCCUACCUAAAAUGGAGCAAGAUGGCAGGCAUGGAGAGGGCUCGGGUGAUGUUAGAGGCUGCCCGCCUUAUCAGGGAAAGAAGGGAGAAGAUUGCAAAGUUGGAAACGAUCAACAAUGGCAAGUCCAUCACUGAAACACUGGUGGAUAUCGAUAUUUCCUGGCAGUCCAUUGAGUACUAUGCUGGCCUGGCUGGUACGCUUGCAGGCCAGCACAUCCAGCUGCCUGGUGGAUCAUUUGCGUACACGCGGAGGGAGCCCCUUGGUGUGUGUGUAGGAAUCGGUGCGUUUAAUUACCCCUUCCAGAUCGCUGCAUGGAAAUCUGCUCCUGCUCUGGCAUGUGGUAAUGCCAUUGUAUUUAAGCCCUCUCCAAUGACUCCUGUGACUGCUGUGAUUCUGGCUGAGAUCUACAAAGAGGCAGGAGUACCCGAUGGGCUCUUCUGUGUGGUUCAAGGUGGAGCAGACACUGGCACUUUGCUCUGCCAUCACCCAAAGGUGGCUAAAGUUUCUUUCACUGGCAGUGUGGCAACUGGCAAAAAGGUCAUGGAAAUGUCUGCAAAGGGGGUGAAGCAGGUGACUCUGGAGCUUGGAGGGAAAUCUCCCCUCCUGAUCUUCAAAGACUGUGAGCUGGAAAACGCAGUGAAGGGAGCACUCAUGGCCAACUUCCUGACACAGGGACAGGUUUGCUGCAAUGGGACCAGAGUGUAUGUGCAAAGAGAGAUCAUGCCCCAGUUCCUGGAAGAAGUGGUGAAGAGGACCAAGGCCAUCUCUGUGGGGGACCCCCUGUUGGACGGCACCCGCAUGGGAGCGCUGAUCAGCAAGCCCCAACUGGAGAAAGUGCUGGGCUUUGUCAAUCAGGCCAAGAAAGAGGGAGCCAAAGUGCUUUGUGGAGGAGAGCCAUUCGUCCCCAGUGACCCCAAAUUGAAAGGGGGCUACUUCAUGUCACCCUGUGUACUCGAUAACUGCAGAGAUGACAUGACCUGUGUGAAGGAGGAGAUUUUCGGCCCAGUCAUGUCUGUGCUGCCCUUCGACACGGAGGAAGAAGUGAUCCAAAGGGCCAACAACACCACAUUCGGACUGGCCUCUGGAGUCUUCACCAGGGACAUUUCUCGGGCCCAUCGUGUGGCUGAGAAAAUGGAGGCAGGGACCUGCUUCAUCAACAACUACAACAUAAGCCCCGUGGAAGUGCCAUUUGGAGGAUACAAGAUGUCAGGCUUUGGCAGAGAGAACGGCCAGGUGACAAUCGAGUACUACUCCCAGCUGAAGACUGUGGUUGUGGAAAUGGGCGACGUCGAGAACUACUUCUAAACUCCUCUCGCUAAGUUUAUACUGCUGUGCCACAACUGGGAAUUCCCUUUACCUUGUAGUCAUGUGCUAUGCACCAGACAGUGGCGCAGGCGGGAUUCAAUUUCAUAGCACUGGGUGAACGUGUUUCAGGAUGUUUGUUCUGUGUGAACAAUCAACCAAUGUCCAUUGCAUUGUAUAACUUUGGAUGCAGAGAUCCAUUUAUUUAGUUAUAUAAACGUAUGCUGUGAUAUCCCACUUAUGGGUAAAGUUUUAACAUUUAACCACUCAAAACAAUGCAGAAGACACUAACUAAACAAAUAAAGUGCAUUUAUUUCUAUUAGAAGUGUCACAAUGUCUCACAGAAGAAGAAACUAUGCACGCACAGUGCUCAAAUGAACACAAACCUUGGUGUCAAAGUAACUGCUUAUUAAAGAUGAAGACCACAUGCUGGUGUUUGAUGUGUGUACAACCAGGAGCCUUAAGUAGAAAAUCUGUGUAGCGAACUGUGACUCAACACUAAUCAGUCGCUGUCAGAUGUUUAUGCCAACUAAUGCCUUUUUAUCCAAAUAAAAUGCUUUAGCUACACAGUC